GAUGUAGGCUGAGGGAAGUGUACCUGAUCCUGAACAUAGAUGACCAUAUUCUAAGAAAAAAAGAACAUGCUGUACUUCUGCCUCAUCCUUUUUCUAGGAGAAAUAUCUGGAGGAAGAAUGCUGUCUUUUUCAGGCUUGCCUGGGACUGGCGAAAUUAAAGAAAAUUCUCCAGCUGGUGCUUGGGUAUAUACUUUCAAUGUCACUUUAUCACCAUUCAAUAUUUUUCUGGCAGGAAAUCCUAUAAUAAUAAACUCAAACCCACUCACAAAGGCUUUCACAAUCAAUCCUGUAUCUCCUCUUCAGUACAACGUUGCCACCAGUGGAGACCCUAUUCUAGAUUAUGAAACUAUGCCCUACAGGUUUGAAUUGCAGAUACUAAUUUCUGACAGCAAUGGAGUGCGUGCCCUGCAAAUACUGACUGUUGUGAUUCUUGAUGAAAAUGAACCUCCAGUAUUUCUAGGCAACCUUGCAAGCCAAACUGUCAUGGUCUACAUCUUGGAAGACAGACCAGCAGGAAAAAUUUACCAGUUACCUUCAGUUGUUUCUGAAAAUUCAACAUCUACAAGGCUCAUUUAUUCAUUGACUCCAGGAAAACCAUUCUCUAUUUCUCAAAGUGGAACCAUUUCUUCUUCAAAACAAUUUGAUUAUGAAAACGAUGACCAUAGCUAUUUAUUAAAUGUUACUGUGACAAAUGGACAGGGUCUGAGUACAACUGGGACAGUCAUAAUCAAUAUCAUAAAUCUCAAUGAUGAAUCACCUUACUUUAACAUAACAACAAGAGUUUUCAUGAUUAAGGAAGAACAAAAGAUAGGAUUCAUUGUCACCACAAUAACAGCUGUCGACCCAGAUGGUGAAGUCUUCAAUAACAACCUCCGCUACAGCAUCACUGCUCCUCAAGGGAUUCCUUAUUUCUCAAUAAAUCCAGAUAAUGGUAUUAUUCAAGUGGCCAGAAGAAUAGAUCGAGAUGUUCCAUCAUUAAAGCAACAUCCCAAUAUAACUUUGGAAAUUCUUGUGGAGGAUAGUCCUAUGAAUGGAAAAAGAAACAGCAUUACAAUUGUGAUAAUCAUUGAAGACAUUAAUGACCAUCCGCCAAAAUGCCAGAGAUAUAUUUUCAGAGAACAUUUUAAUGAAAAUAUCAGCUCAGGAACAGUAAUUGUGGACUUGAAAAAUAGCUGCUGGGAUUGUGAUGCUGUGGCACCAAACAACCUGUUUAACUUCACUGAACUGUCAGGAGUUGGAAGUAAUAACUUUGCUCAGGACCCACCUGGCUCUGGAAGAAUUAAGCUAGUGGGAAAUAUCGAUCUUGAAAAUGGAAUUGGUGGAGCAGAGAAGGACUAUAUUCUGAAACUUGUGGUGCAAGAUAUCAUUUCACCUUUCUAUCCUAAUAAUAUUGACAUUUUUGUUAGAAUACUCCCGGUCAAUGAGUUUACACCAGUCUUCAAUAGCCCUUUAUAUGUAUUCAAUGCUUCAGAAAUAUUAGCAGUGAGAUCCGAAAUUGGAAAAGUAACCGCAACAGACGAAGAUGUACCCUCUACUGGAAUAUCAUAUUCAAUUGUGUGUGGAGGAGGCACCUUGGACUAUUCAGAAAUAUUCUGGAUCGAUCCUAACGAGGGCAUUAUAAAAAAUGUUGCUCAGUUAGACUAUGAAGUGCGUCAGAAGUACCCUCUCAUCGUGCAGGCAGCUGACAAUAGGGGCAAGACAAACAGUGUGACAGUAAUAGUGAAUGUUCUUGAAGAAAAUGAUGAAAAACCAGUUUGCUCACUCAGUUCACAUUUCCUGGAGAUCCCAGUGGGCCUGCCUCCUGGCACCAACAUCAAUGGUCUCUAUAUAUCAUGUGUCGAUCGGGAUUCAAGUCCCAGAUCUUUCCGUUAUUUUAUUAACUCAGGUAAUGUGAAUAACCAUUUCGCUUUUUCGCCAAGUGCUGGCUCUGGUACUUCACGGCUGAUUCUUGUGUACCCGUUUGACUAUGAAAGAGGCCUAGAUAGAGUCUGGGAAUAUAGGCUUGAAGUCUACAUAACAGACGAUAAUUUGCUAUCAGUGGCAAAUAGAUCUACUGCUCUUGUUCAAACGGGUUCAGUGAAAUUAACCAUCAGAGUCAUUCCUGACCCAACCACCGUGGUCCCAACAACACCUGGUGUUACCCUUGUGACCACUAGAGAAAAUGUCUAUUUUGCUGCGGCUUGGUACGUGCCCUUCAUCAUUUCUCUGGGCUGUUUGCUCCUACUUGGACUUCUCGGGUAUCUAACCUUCUUGCUGGCAAAAUAUAUCCGCACCCAGUGCCAGCCAAAGCCCAAAGAAGACAAAAAACCACUGAUAAAAACAACAGAUAAGAAGAAAGUUAAGAAAGAAAUAGUUUGGGAGAUGACUGAUGUAAAUGCUGUUUUUGAUGGGGAAGCAAGAGAUCCAGUCACUGGACACUUGUAUGAAUUUAAUUCAAAGUCUGGGGCUCGAAGAUGGAAAAACAUAAAUGUGCCUCCUGAAUCUGAAGCAAAGGAUCCAGUAGCACGGGUAACAACUGCUAGAACAAUCACCGGUCAAGGGAAUCUAAGCAGAAAGGACUUUGAGACCAGUGUCAGAAAGCAGGGAAGAGAAGACAACAUGGAAUCAGGACCCCCAGAACAGAAGAUUGAGAUUUCUGACCAAAAUAGUGACCAAAAAUUACAGGUACCAAAAGAAGAAUCUUGGGUUAAUGGGUCAGCAGUCCAUCCAAGCAGACCAUCUGCUCCCCCACACAGGUCACCCAUCCCCUCUCCCAAAAUAUAUCCUAAAUAUCAAAGUCAAGCUUAAAACAGGAAAUAUUUUGUGUCUAGAAUCCAGAAAACCCUCUGUUGCUACUCCAAAAAUAAGGGUAAUGUGGACAUUUUACUUGUUUAUUACACCCUUUUGAAUUAGUGACAAAAAGGGACACUGUUGGGUGGAAGUGAAAUUCAUUGCAAUGAUAUCAGAUAUACACGAAGAGUGUGAGUGUCUUGAAUAAUUUCCAGAAAAUCAAUAGUUGACCAUACAUAUGUUUGUACACCAGCUCUUUAGGGUGCAGUUUAUCACUUAAUCACAGCCAGAGCACUCCAAGGGGAAACUGAUGUUAUUCAUGUAGAUGAGUAAAUUAAGUCUAGAAAUAAAUUUAAUUCUUAUAACAUGUUGAGGAUAAAGAAAACGAAGGAGUAUUCUGUCUGCAGCAUUUUCAAAGGCACAGAUUUCUGAUUCAGAAAUAUAUGAAAAACUAUUUUGCAGUAAUAUGUCCCCUAAAUCAAGAUUUAUUUUAUAGUAUUUGAUUUUUAGCACUUUUAUCCUUUUCUUUUGUGAUUUAUUCACAAAAUCUGAAUGGAAAAAUGUGGCCUUAUUAAUACCAGAUUAUGUACUGUGUUUAAAUUAUUUUUAACUUUGUACAAAAAUUGCCUGGUUUGCAAACCAAAAUAA